CUUGUUUUCAAUUAUACCAGUUCCAAGUUUACAGAUAACCUAACAAAGCAAACUAAAAAUUAACAUGGUUGGAAAGUUCUUAUAUUUUGCUUAUGGUAGCAAUUUGUUGGAACAAAGAAUCCAUAUUAAUAAUCCUACUGCAGUUAGGCAUGGUAUAGGAAAAUUACAGGAUUAUCAACUGGAUUUCGUUACUUACUCGAAAAUAUGGAAAGGUGCUUCUGCAACUAUUGUCCCCAAAAAAGACAGUCAUGUUUGGGGAGCUCUUUGGGAAAUUGAUAUGGUUGAUAUGGAACAUUUAGAUAAUCAAGAAGGGGUGAGCCACAAAAUUUACUUCCCACUGACUGUUGAAGUUGAAACUCCAAUAGGAAAGAAAUUAAAUUGCAGAGUUUAUAUUCAAACUGCAAAAGUACCAGAUGUGGUGCCAUUAGAAGAUUUACCUCCUGAACGAAAACCAUCUGCAGUAUAUAUAAACACUAUGUUGAAAGGAGCAAAGGAGUCUGGAUUACCUGGAGAGUACCAAGAAUUUCUUGGAAGAGUUGCACAUAAUGGAUAUAAUGGAGAAAUUGACAUCGGUACACAACUGAAUCUUAAAUAAUAAGUUAUUAUUAAAAAUUAUA